AAGAUUGCGGGGGCGGGCGGGCCAAAGCUCCGGCGUUCCGUCCCAAGAGGAGCUCAACAUUCCACCAUCUCUCUUCCGCUCCCUCUCCCUCGGUGCGUAGCCGUCGGGCCCUUCGCCGGCGAGGCCAUUUCCGGCCGACCCGCCUGAGCUCCCCCGCCGGCGGGUCAAAGCACCCGUCUGUCGACCCUUGAGCUGCGGCUGCGGCUGCAUCUGGGUCUACCUCCUUCCGGUGGCUUUUCGCGCGGAGCUUUGAUUCCUCUAAGCCUUCUUUUCGCUGUUCCGCCGCCGCCGCCGCCGCCGCCGCCGCCGCCGCCGGUGCCGUGGAAGUUUUCGCGGGGGAGUUUCUCUCUCGCCUGAUCGGGGAGCUCGACGCGAGCUUGCCUCGGGAACUUACCCUCUCCGUUGCGUGUACUCCCGUGCCGCGUGCGGCGGUUUGUGUGAGCUUGGGGGGGAGAAGAAAAGUACUCGCUUUGCAGCCGGCUGAAGCGUCGCCGUUGGCCGAGGUUGUGUGCUCUCGCCGGAGAUGAUCGAGAACCGGUAUGUGAAGAAGGCAUUGAGCUAUUGCUAGGCGGUUCGGUUCCCGUCCGCCCCAGGUAAAAGGAAGGGGGAGAAGAGUCGUCGGAAAGUAAGUGAUGAAGACCCCGGCGAGCGGUGCCGGUGCUUCGUCGGCAGCCGCCGCCGCCAGCCCGUGCGAAGCAGGUGGCGGAGAGAAGAAGAGUGUGAUAAAUCCGGAGCUGUGGCAAGCUUGCGCCGGCCCGUUGUUGAACUUGCCGCCGGCUGGGACCCACGUCGUCUACUUCCCUCAAGGCCACAGCGAACAGGUUGCAGCUUCUAUGAAGAAAGAUGUGGACGCUCAAGUGCCAAACUACCCAAAUCUUCCCUCCAAGCUGCUAUGCCUACUUCACAGUGUUACAUUGCAUGCAGAUCCAGAAACUGAUGAAGUAUAUGCUCAGAUGACUCUACAACCUGUUCCUUCAUUCGACAAGGAGGCUUUGUUGAGGUCGGAUCUUGCACUCAAAACCACUAAGGCCCAACCAGACUUUUUCUGUAAAACAUUGACUGCAAGUGAUACAAGCACCCAUGGAGGUUUUUCUGUGCCUCGUCGUGCAGCAGAGAAGAUUUUCCCUUCUCUUGAUUUCUCUAUGCAACCUCCUGCUCAAGAACUUAUGGCAAGAGAUUUGCAUGACAAUAUGUGGAACUUCCGCCAUAUCUACCGUGGGCAACCGAAGCGCCACCUCCUUACUACUGGAUGGAGCUUAUUUGUUAGUGGAAAAAGGCUCUUUGCAGGCGACUCAGUUCUUUUUAUUAGGGAUGAGAAACAACAGCUGCUCUUGGGCAUUAGACGGGCUAACCGGCAACCAACUAAUCUAUCCUCAUCAGUAUUGUCAAGUGAUAGCAUGCAUAUUGGCAUCCUAGCCGCAGCUGCUCAUGCUGCUGCGAAUAAUAGCCCCUUCACUGUGUUCUACAAUCCAAGUAGUUUUGCACUCAGGGCUAGCCCGUCAGAGUUUGUUAUCCCUUUGGCCAAAUACUACAAGGCAGUUUACAGCAACCAAAUAUCACUUGGUAUGCGAUUUCGCAUGAUGUUUGAAACUGAAGAGUCAGGAACAAGAAGGUUUAUGGGUACCAUAACAGGUAUCAGCGAUAUUGAUCCUGUUAGAUGGAAAAACUCACAGUGGCGCAAUUUGCAGGUUGGUUGGGAUGAAUCAACUGCUGGGGAAAAGCGUGCACGUGUCUCUAUUUGGGAAAUUGAACCUGUGACUGCUCCAUUCUUCCUCUGCCCUCCUCCGUUCUUCAGAUCCAAGCGUCCAAGACAACCAGGGAUGCCUGAUGAUGACUUCUCAGAUUUAGAUAGCCUGUUUAAGAGGACAAUGCCAUGGCUUGGCGAUGACCUUAGUAUGAAGGAUCCCCAUGCUCUCUCUGGCCUAAGCUUAAUGCAUUGGAUGAACAUGCAACAAAGUCCUUCCUUUGCAAACUCAGUACAGCCAAAUUACAUGCCCAACUUAUCCAACUCUGUUCUACAAAAUCUCUCUGGAACAGAUCUCUCACGUCAACUAGGGUUUUCAGCGCCACAAAUGGCUCAAUUGAACAAUUUACAGUUCAAUACCCAGAGACCACCCCAACAAGCACAGCAGCUCGAUCAGCUAACCAAGCUCCCUUCUACGUUGAAUCCACUGACCAACAUCAUGCAGCCACAGCAACAGUUGACCGAAAUUAGUCAACAACCGAGGCAAAGUUUGAUUAAUCAGACUCUGCCUUCGGCUCAAGUUCAGGCCCAAGUUCUUCAGCCCCAAUCUCUGAUCCAAUCUAGUACCCUGCUCCCACAGCAAUCCUUGAAUCAAAACCAACCGUUCCAUAGAAGCCUUCCUCAAAGUUUACAUCAGCCACAGCAGCAACAGAUUAUGGGUCAGAAUCAGCAGCAGAGUGCAUUGAACUCACAGAUGCCUGAUCAAUCAAGCCCACAGUUACCAAUGUCUGACAACCAGAUUCAGUUUCAACUACUACAGAAGCUUCAGCAGCAGCAACAGUCACUUUUGGCCCAACAGUCAGUGUUACAGCAGCCAAAUCAUCCGCAACAACUCCAGGAGCAGAGACAACAUCCAGAUAUCUCUCAUAACUUUUCUAAGUCCAUGAUACCAAGCCAAAUGCUGGAAAUGCCUCAAAGCACACCAAGCUCACUUAGUCAGCCAAAUAUUAUCCCCCAGCAAAUUCAAAAGAAUAGUAGCCAAGUGAAUGUGCGGUUCUCUAAUCCGUCUCAGCAGCCAAAAUUCCAGCAAGAGCAAUCAGGGCUGCUACCUGAAAUGGUGGGGCAUAUGGGACUCCCACAAAUUUCAGCAAGUCAUGCUUCUGCUUCUGCCAGUUUGCUGACUGGAGCUGCCACAGGUGGGCCAUCUGUAACUACAGAUGAUGUGCCUUGUUCAACUUCAGCAUCUGGACAAAUUUGUGCAAAUAUUGUCCAGUCAAUGAUGAAUGGUAGGCCUCACCGGAGUGCAUCAAUUAGCGAGGACAUGUCACAAUCGACUGCCACUUUCUGGAAUCCCAGCACAUUGGAAACCAUGGGGUCUAACGGUAAUAACAUGAUGAAAGAAUUCCAACAAAAGCCUGAUGUAAAGCCUUCUCUGGAUGUUUCAAAGGGCCAAAACCAAGGAUUUUUCUCUGCUCAAACAUACCUGAAUGGGGCAACAACACAAACAGAUUAUUUAGAUGCUUCAUCUUCAACAACUUCAGUUUGCCUUUCUCAGAGCGAUGUCCAUAUUCAGCAAAAUAACAGCUCAGUCUCCUACAAUCAGCAGUCAAUGUUGUUUAGAGAUACGAGUCAGGAUGGAGAGGCUCAGGCCGAUAUUAGAAGUAGUGUUCCUUUUAGUUCUAAUGCUGAUGUGCAGGCUGGAAUUUCUGUGAAUUCUGACUCUAUGUUUGGAAAGGGUAUGGUUGGAUUGGGCAAAGAUUUUGUCAGUGACCUUCCUUCUGCUGGCAUACUUGCUGAUUACAACUCCAAAGAACCCCAGCAGCUCUCAUCUUCAAUAGUCUCUCAGUCUUUUGGAGUUCCGGAUGUGGCAUUUAACUUGAUGGAAUCCGCAUUAAAUGAAAGUGCAUUAGUGAACAGAGGUCCAUGGGGACCUACAGCUCCUCAGUUUCAGCGAAUGCGGACAUUCACCAAGGUCUACAAACGCGGAGCUGUUGGUAGAUCUGUCGAUAUCACCCGGUAUUCUGGUUAUGACGAUCUCAAACAGGACCUGGCUCGUAGAUUUGGCAUAGAGGGACAGUUGGAAGAUGGACAAAAAAUAGGGUGGAAACUAGUGUAUGUUGAUCAUGAGAAUGAUGUGUUGCUAGUUGGAGAUGACCCUUGGGAGGAUUUUGUGAACUGUGUGCGCUAUAUCAAGAUUUUGUCCCCUCAAGAAGUCCAACAGAUGAGCUUGGAUGGGGAAUUUGGAAAUGCCGCCCUUCCGAAUCAAGCCUGCAGUAGCUCAGAUGGUGGGAUCGUGUGAUUUACUUCUGCAAAGGCACCUUUAGCUUUUUGUUUGGCAAAGAUGACUUCUAUUGCUUCUCGGAAUCUCGUUGCUGGUUUUCCUCUGGCAUAUGUUAUGCCAUGCCUUGUCAAGUCACGGCUGACCAAUAUUAGAUGCAGCACAGUGACAUAAAGAUAGGCUUCCUGACGUUCCCUUUUAACGACAAUGGCGACCGCGUGCGCCCUUUUAAGCUGAAACCGCAACGACUUUGGUACUGAAAGAGGCUUGCAGGUGCCAUCAGUGUAAGUCUGUUGAUGACUCUUAAUCUUAACUUGUUAAAAUUUCCCUAAGUGUUUAUCCAUAUCCAGUUUAUAUGGAAGGAAUGCGUUAGUGCUCACAGUUCCUCGGACUUGUAAUAUACAGCUGUUGUUUAGACAAAUAGGUUGGUUUUGUCAUCCUUUUACUUCGUUCUCUCCCACAAAUCUUGUAUGACGUAGAGCUUUGACAUGUAUAGAAGAAUGUUAAAUUGAUUGUCGGCUGUUAAACUA